AUGAAUCAGGCUCGGACACAAGGUGUGGUGGAGGAGCUGAGAUGCUUGGGUCUUCUGAACGCUCUGGAGAAAGAACAGGAUGUACCUGAUGACCUGGUCCAGCUCUUUGGUGAGCCAUGCAUUAAACUGGCCGAAGGACUCAAAGCUUACAUCUCCAAGGUCACAGAAAACGUAAUCUCGAAACACACCUUUCAAGAAAGAGUCGCUAUUCCUCCACGUACAAAAUUACUCACCACUGGCAGCCCACGGCCGUCAGCUCAUCUUACUCUCAGAGACAGUGGACUGCAGGGUACGACAUCCUUAACCCCUCAGACUGACCUUCACCAGUCCUGUCGCCAUCCUGUUCGUUCCUGGGGGAACCAGAGUUUCGGCUCCCACCUGCACAACAUGACCGUGUCCAACGGACGCCUGCGUAUCCCUCGCGCAGGCCGCUACUACCUGUACGCCCAAGUCUACUUCCGUUAUCUCACCCUCUCCAUCGACGAUUACCACUCGGGCUCCGACAGCCACCAGGUGGUGCAGUGUGUCUACAAGAAGACCGCCUACGCUCGCCCUAUUCAGCUCCUGAAGGGUGUGGGCACCAAAUGUUGGGCUCCAGACAGCGAGAACGCCCUUCAUUCCAUCUACCAGGGGGGCCUGUUUGAACUUCGCGCAGGCGACGAGAUCUUCAUCUCUGUGUCUUCUCCCACAGCUGUGUAUGCAGAAGACUCCUCCAGCUACUUUGGGGCCUUCCUGUUUGACCUCUGAGGGACGCAAUUGGGGCUUGUGGUCUCAUUCUAAGGGAAAGGAAAUUGUUCCUGUCGGAAGGCCCAACAUGGGAACCGUAAAGAGAGGGAAGCACAGAUACUCCAGCAUCUGAGGGGUUCAAAAGACCAAACAUCUCAGAAAACCAUCUAGUUAUUGUGGUCUGAGGACCAUUUGACCUUCUUAGGCUGAAUUUUAAGAUUCAGUAGAGUGAGAAACUCUGGACUCCCAUCUGAAUGGGCAGAUCAUGAGCAUAUCUGUGAGGGCUUUGUAAAGACGUUUCUGAAAAUGAGGACAAUGACCUUGACUAUUUAACCACAUAGAAGCCAAACGAAUUCCUUAAAAUUAAGACUUUCACCUUCAACAAAUGCACAAAACUUUGUGCAAGCUGCUAUUUGUGCACGCAAACCAUGCCAGAUUAAUAGUUUCCCACUUUCUUUUGAUGUUAUACUGUUUAUAUUGUUCAUUCUUUCCUUAUAAAGACUGUCUGGGGCAGUGUGACCAAUCAUGGACUUGAAGUCUCCAGUUAAUUAAAGGAAGUUGUUUUGUUGGGAAGCACUAUGCCACCCAUACUGCAUUAUGAGUCAAACCUGUGUCAUUCACUGAUGUCUGAAGUAAAAUCUAGCAAAUAGCCUAGAGCCAAAAAUAGGGUUAGAUGAAGAGUGAGACUUUGCAUGACUCAAAUUUAUCAAAACAAUCCAAAGUUAAACUACCAUUUUUCAAAAGAAUGCCUUUUUCCUGUUACAGCAAUUUUCCCGAAGCUCCAGGACAGACAGAUAUCUUGAAAUAAUUUUGAGAAACAUGAGGAACAACAUUAAUCACCAAAUAUCACACUGGAAAGAAACACUAAAGAGCAUGUUACAUGUUAUUAUAUUUCAUGUAGUGCUUACAAAUAAAUUACAAUGAUAAUGAGACAUUCAUUUUUAACACUAAAGGAUAAGGCUGACAUAAAAAACAAGUUUACACAAUUUAAACAAUGAGUAUAAAGAACCAAAAAAUUACUGCACACAACCAUUACAAAUAAUUAGUAUGGAUGUUCUUAAUAAAGUGGCCCUUCAUUUAUCAAAAUGAGUGACAUUUUGACAAAAAAAAAAGAAAAAGGAAAUACUGUGAAAGUUAGCUAAGGACUGAGAACCAACCAAGCUAAUGUGCCACUUGAGAUGUUUUAAGCACUGCUUACAAAGAUAUUAGCAUUCCCUCGGUGUCCCACUGUGAGUUUCAUAAAAGUGGUGUGAUAUGCUAGCAGAGAAAUGCAAAUUAUUAGAUUGAGCCAUACAGAUGCAGG